AUGGGAAUGUAUGAGGUCUUAGCUUAAUUAACAGAUUUAGAUGAAAAAUCUUUCAGUGUUAUUUUUGAAAUGCUUAAAAAAGCAAAGGUUGAAGACCCCUUAUAAUUUCUUUCAGACAAGAAAAAUCAAAGAAAAGUUGAAUAGUAUACAAUAUAGGUAGCAAAGUUAACAUAGAUUGAUAAGGAAUAGGAACUAUAUGUUGGGGAAAAUAACAUUUAGAAAUUAACAGCGGCUCUGUAAUCAAUUAAAAAUCAUGAUUUUAAUAAACAAAACUAUUCAUAAGAUGUAUAUGAAAAAAUUAAAUAAGAUUUAAUCACAAAAAUAUCCUAUGAUAAGAGAAUCAUAGAAUUUCUAAAAUUUUUAGUUCAUCUUACUGCCUUAGAUGAGAGAUACAUUUAGUGUGGAUCAAAUUCGCUUCAUUUAGUAGUUGAAAUGAAAGUGAAUUUGAAGGCAUAAUCAUUUGAAAAUAUUAAAAUUAGGAAUACUUCGUUAAUGGGGGCUAAUUUUGUGAGAUGUGACUUAAGUGGAUCUGAAUUUUAUGAUGUAGUUAUUAGUGGAAUGAAUUUAAAUGGAGCCAAAUUAUUUAAUUGUAAAUGGAAAAGUCUAAUAAUAAACGAGAUGAUGGUGUUAAAUGGUCAUAUCAAUGGAUACAAUUAAGUUUGCUUCUCUCCAGAUGGUAGAUCAUUGGCUUCUAGUGGUAAUCAUAAAUAAAUUCAUUUGUGGGAUGUUAAAACAGGAAAAAUAAAGUUUUUGUUUAAAGGGAAAAGCAAGAUUAAUUCAGUUUGCUUCUCCUCUAAUAGUAUUACACUAGCUUUUGGUGAUUGUGAAUUUAUAUAUAUAUGGAAUCUCAAAACAAGGAAAUAAAUCUUGAAAUUAAUCAGCCACAAAAACAAGAUCCAGACAGUUUAGUUCUCUCCUGAUGGUACUACAUUAGUAUCUUAUAGCUGUAUUGAUGAUGGUUUCAAAUAGUAUAAUAUCCUAUUAUGGGAUGUUAAUACAGGAUAAUAAAAAAAAAAAGCUAAAUUAUAUGACUAUCUUAUAGAAGUUAUUUCAGUUUGCUUCUCUCCUGAUGGUAAAACAUUAGCAUCUGGCGGCAUUUAACUCCUUUUAUGGGAUAUAAAAACUGAAUAAUUGAAUUCCAGAUUAUUAGGUCAUACUGAAAGUGUUUAGUCUGUUUGUUUCUCUCCUGAUGGAACGAUUUUAGCAUCCGGUAGUUUGGAUACGUUUAUCUUUUUAUGGGAUGUCAAGGCAGAAUAAUUAAAAGUCAAAUUAGUUGGUCAUAGAGAUUAAGUUAACUCAAUUUGUUUCUCUCCUGAUGGCACUAUAUUAGCAUCUGGUAGUGGAGUAUUAUAUGGAGAUGAUAAUUCUAUCCGUUUAUGGGAUAUUAGGACAAGAAAAUAAAAAGCCAAAUUAGAUGGUCAUACAAGUGGUGUUAAUUCAGUUUGUUUCUCUCCUAAUAGUAACAUAUUAUCAUCCUGUAGUUAUGAUAACUCAAUCCGUUUGUGGGAUAUUGAAAUAGGAUAAUAAAAUGCCAGAUUAGAUGCUCAUACAAAGGCUGUCAAUUCAGUCUGUUUUGCGCCUGAUGGCACUAUGAUAGCAUCUGGAAGUAAUGACGAAUCUAUCAAUUUAUGGGAUGUUAAGACAGGAUAAUAAAAGGGUAAAUUAAAUGGUCAUAGUGAUAAAGUGUGGUCACUCUGUUUCUCUCCUGAUGGAACAACAUUAGCAUCAGGUAGUUGGGAUAAGUCUAUCUGUUUAUGGGAUGUAAGGACACAAUUUUAAAAAGCAAAAUUAGAUGGCCAUACUAAAUAAGUUAUGUCAAUCUGUUUCUCUCCUGAUGGUACAAUAUUAGCAUCUGGCAGUUCUGAUACCUCAAUUUUUUUAUGGAAUGUUAAGACAGGAGAAUAAAAAGCCAAAUUAAAUGGUCAUACUAGCUCUGUAAUGUCAGUAUGUUUCUCCGAUAAUACAACAUUAGCAUCUGGUAGUAAUGAUGCAUCUAUACUUUUGUGGGAUGUAAUGACAGGUGAAUAUAAAACCAAAUUAGAUGGUCAUACUAGCACUGUUUAUUCAGUUUGCUUCUCUCCUGAUGGUACUACAUUAGUAUCUAGUAGUGGUAGUGAAUACCCUUGUUGUAAUUCAGAUAAUUCUAUUCGUUUAUGGGAUGUUAAGACAGGAUAAUAAAAAGCCAAAUUAGAUGGCCAUACUAGUAGUGUGAAUUCAGUCUGUUUCUCUCCUGAUGGUACUAUAUUAGCAUCUAGUAGUGGUAGCCAAUACUCCUUUUGUUGUUCAGAUAAUUCUAUUCGUUUAUGGGAUAUUAGGAAUAGAUAAUAAAAAGAAACAUUAGAUAAUACUCAUGAUGUUUUUUCUAAUAGCAUUCUUCCAUGUAUUGGUAUUUAUUAUUUCAACAAAUAUUUAGCUUCUUCUAAUAUUAAUAUUCUUCUAAUCUCAAAAUAGCUUAUAUUAUAAACUUAAGAUGCUUUAAUGUUUAAAGGAGAAUUUAGUAAUUAAUCAGGAAUUGAUUUAAGACCAUUAUUUAAAUCAAGAGGAAGUUGCCCUUUAGAAAGCACAUUAGGAUUAUAAUAUAAUUGA